AUGCCGCACAAGAAUGCGGACACUACACCGAAAGAUACUCCGCAACCUAACAAAAACAACGAUUCACCAACUGUGGGAUCCAUGAAGGCACUUCAAGAUCGCUUAAAGCAACUCGAAAAAGAGGCGGAGCAUCAACAAGAAGCCGAGAGGAUCUACAAAGAGAGGAACUCCCUUAUUGAAGAACUGAUAACACCCAAGGUUCAUGAGGAGCCCAUUAAAGUUCCCUUGGAUGCUUGGUUGAAGAUCAUAGAAUCUGAAGAGAUUUCUUCCUCUGAUAAGGAAGAGGAAACUAGGGAGGAGCAAAUUGUUCGGUACCAAGGAAUUCUAAUGAAACUGAAUUCCAAGUUGUAUGGCACAGAACCAUUAGAGGAAAAACCUCCAGUGCUUACCAAGGAACUCAAUACCUUGGUUCAGCAGAAACUACCUCAAAAGCUGCCGGAUCCCGGACUCUUCCUGAUUCUUUGCACCAUAGGCACCAUUACCAUUGAUAAGGCUCUAUGUGACCUAAGGUCAAGCAUAAACCUCAUGCCACUAUUUGUAAUGGAGAGACUGGGAAUCUUUGAGGUACAAGCUGCAAGAAUCUCACUAGAAAUGCCAGACAAGUUAAUGUAG